AUGAACUUACCGGUCAUCAUCUUGACCUUUCUGACGGCCGCCUACGCCCACUCGUGGAUCGAACAGAUUCACGUCAUUGCGCCAAACGGUACGUUUGUCGGCGCGCCCGGAUACGCCCGUGGCAAUGUGCUCCGAACGGCACCUGGAUUCAGCGACCCGGAGAUGACCUUUCUCAUUCCACCUGAUACACAGGCCAACAACACCAUGAUCGUGGCGACACAGCAGAUGUGCAUGAGCACGCAGCGCACCCACAACCAGACGGCAGGCAGUCCCCGGCUGCAGGCGAGCGUUGGCGCGGCGAUCGCCCUGCGGUACCAGGAGAACGGACAUGUCACCCUGCCAUGGAACCAGCCCGGCAAGCCUCCCAACCGGGGGACGGGUUAUGUGUACGGCACCCAGGAGCCGCGCGUGAACGAGACCUUCCUCUCGAUCCAUAAAGUGUGGAACCAGAACGGCACGGGCGGCGACGGCCGCGGGGUGCUCCUGUCUGUGCAGAACUUCGACGAUGGGCGCUGCUACCAGAUCAACACGGGCAACAUCUCCGAACACCGCCAGGUCGAAUACCCGCACGUCGCCAACACGCUGAUGGGGGCCGACCUGUGGUGCCAGCAGGACCUGAAGCUUCCCUCGGACGCAGAGACAGACAAACCUUACACGUUGUACUGGGUCUGGGACUGGCCCACCGCGCCAGGCGUUGACCCUGACCUGCCGGACGGGAAAAUCGAAAUCUACACGACCUGCAUGGACAUCGACCUGGUCGACAGCAAUUCGACGGCAUCGGAAUCAACAACUGAAGGGCACACCGCCGCGGACUAUGUUGCGGACCAGUCGCUGGACUCGGCUGCCAUUCCGUCCGAAUUCGCCGAACUGUCCGAGGAUGCUUCUGAAGCAGAUAUCUCGACGCCAUCUGCAACCUCCGCUCCCAGUCAGACCGCCACCACCGCCUCGUCGACAAAGCUCACUACUUUUGUGACACUCACCAAGACUGUGGAGGGCACAGGUUGUCAACCAGCACCUACUUCGUAA